GCGGUUCAGAGUCUCAGAGAACUUCGCAGCUUCUCACUUCCAGACUCCACUGCCGACCCAGACCAGAAGCCAGGAGCUCGCCCGUGGCCACACAGGAACAGGGGUCCUAGCAAUAACUUGUUCACCGAGACCCGGCCACCUUCGGGGAGCCCAGGUGCGUACCUUGCAAACUCCCCCUCCUGCACCUGCCACUGAGCCCGCGCGUGCACAAGCCUUGGAAGGAGCCAUGGCCAACGCGGGGCUGCAGCUGCUGGGUUUCAUCCUGGCUUCGCUGGGAUGGAUCGGCUCCAUCGUCAGUACUGCCUUGCCCCAGUGGAAGAUUUACUCCUAUGCUGGGGACAACAUCGUGACCGCCCAGGCCAUCUACGAAGGACUGUGGAUGUCCUGUGUAUCGCAAAGUACCGGACAGAUACAGUGCAAAGUCUUCGACUCCUUGCUGAAUCUUAACAGUACUUUGCAGGCAACCCGAGCCUUGAUGGUAAUCAGCAUCCUGCUGGGGCUGAUCGGCAUCUUCGUGUCCACCAUUGGCAUGAAGUGUAUGAAAUGCUUGGAGGAUGAUGAGGUGCAAAAGAUGUGGAUGGCUGUCAUUGGGGGCGUAAUAUUCUUCACUUCUGGUCUGGCGAGUUUAGUGGCCACAGCAUGGUACGGAAAUAGAAUCGUUCAAGAAUUCUAUGACCCCAUGACCCCCGUCAAUGCCAGGUAUGAGUUUGGGCAGGCCCUUUUCACUGGCUGGGCAGCUUCCUCCCUCUGCCUCCUAGGAGGUGCCCUACUUUCCUGCUCCUGUCCCCGGAAAACCACCUCUUACCCAACACCGCGACCUUAUCCCAAGCCGACACCUUCUAGUGGGAAGGACUAUGUGUGACAGAGGCAAAGGGAAGACGUCCUCCUGGAGCAAACACGAAGUGAACAGUGAAAUUAGCAUUGACGUGAAGGUCCCAGACUGUGGACUAUGGUUAUCUGAACUGUGGUGUUAACAAAAGGAAGCAUAUUUUUGUACAUCCCCGUGGCUGUGAGGGGCUGUGCCUGUGCCUUAUCGCCUGUCCUGAGUACAGGAGGGAAAGCCGUUUCUGCAUUUGAACUGCUGCCUCCCACGGAGUAAUCCCACUCGAAUGGGGGAAGGGUGCUUCUUAAGUGUGUAUCGAUAUGUGUAUAUAUACAUAUUUUCUAUUAAAAAAAUAGACAGUUAAAAACCUCUUAUUACCCUGCUAUUGGUACCAGCAUACUUAAAAUGACUCUAAAAUAUGUACAACCCCAUAUUGAUUAAAUAAGACUACUGAUGUAUUAUUCUUUUUUCUGUGAACAUAUGUGAUCGGUCAAAUAUCAACCCUUUGAUCAGCAUGUAGUAUCUUUGCCAUAAGACCAAACUCCCUGACCAAGUCUCCCUUCGUUCUUUUCCCCCUGUGUCUUCUUUACAUCAACAUAUAUUUUUUUUUUAAACUCUGACAACAACUGCUUUUUCAGACUGUUAUUUUGAGGAUUGUUUCUAUCUUCUGAAUCUUAACAGUGAAUUUCAGAGACCACAUUUGAAGCUUAAAACCGGUAAGAAUCACUCGUCACUUCCAUGUCUGAGUUGUGGGGACAAAUCUUCUGGACAGAUGAUGUUUUUCUGCUGACCUUUCCCCACGGCCCUUGCACUUUGGUCUGUAGCUAUCUUGUUUGCUUUGAAAAUAUUUGUUUCACUGAGUGGCUGCACUGCUAACCCUGUUGUUGAAACAGUUUUAUUGAUUGCAUUUUUCAGGUGCUUAUUCAUCAUUCCAUAUCCUACAAACUGCAUUUUUCUUCUUCCAUUCUCAGCUAUCUUGUUUUCUCACAUAUAAUUAUCCUAUCGUUUAGCUCUUCUCAGAGAGGUGUGGUCUGUUUAUCUACCCAAACUGCUAGACUUGCAGAAGUGAUAGUCUAGUGACAAAUAUUCUCUCUGUAGCUGUAGGCAAUUUACAGUCUUUAUACCUCUUUUCCCAUCUGUCAACUUGGAAUAAUUAUACUUAACCAUCUGGUAGAGGUAAUGUGAGUAUUAAUUAGUUGAUAUGACUCUCAUUCUUUGAACAUGAAAUAUGCCUAAGUAGUGUUUUUUCCUUGCUCAAUUAGCAGGUUUGAAGUCACUGAAUAAAAUCUACACACACACACACACACACACACACACACACACACACACACGUGCGUGCACGUGCACCUUCACACUGCUCUGUAUCUUUCUUUGUUCAUGAGUUUAUUUCAUUCCUUUCAGCUGUGCAUGGCCUCUUGUUGGUGCUGUUUCACUUGGACAAGUGCUCUUACUAUUCCAAUCUGUAGGACAGGCCCUUUAGCAGAGCAGGGUGGUGUAAUAGGAAGGGUGUUGCCGUUGACAUUUGGAGACCUGGAAUUGAAUCUUGGUGCUAUCCCUUAAUUACGAAGCUUGGGCAAAGAAGAUGUAUUGCUACAUCUAUGCAACGGGUUCAUUAACUCCUGUCAUGCCUGUGUCACAUGUCUCAAGCUGGGACACAUGCAAACGUUGUUUUAUGAGGGGAGACAUGUUACUGCCUAGUAAUUAAGGAGUUUAAGUGGAUAGGUUUUGAGGUUAUUUUUCAGACACCUAGAAAGAGAAAAAUGCUAAAUGGGUUUCUUUCCUUAAGAAGUCUCUCAAACAAAUGAGCUCUGAAAGUUCACUAAGUUAAACUGAUCUUACGUCUUUAAAGCUUUUUGUUGUUUGAGUUAAUGCCUCAAGUCUGUGGUCUGAACUGGCCAAGAACUCUGGUGUCACCCAAAGAUCCUUCAGCCUCAGCCUUCCCACUGUUGAGGACAGGCAUGAGACCCAUCCCACUGUCACUUCAUAGCUUUGUUAGUUGGGCCUGAUACUUCUGGGGCUAAGCAAAUGUGCUGGAGGGAAGUGACAUUGUGUCCUCUAAAGGCAUAGAGUAUGCUCUUGGAGCAGUGAUACUGUCAAAGUUAAGUGGAAGCUAGCAGUUUUAGGAGAAAUUAAGAAUUAUAAUUCACUGUAAAACCACAUGGUAAAAGUUAUAGAAAGAAUGGAGCCUUAAUGUGGAUUUGAACUAUGUAACUUUUACUGUAUUUGUGAGUGUAAAAGCAAUCAUGCAAAGAUCU